AUGCAAAUCCCGUCCUUCCUGACCACGCUAGCCCUAUCCCUGAGCUCCUUCUCAGCUGCUCUCUCCCUCCCUCCGCGCGCCUCCACCCAAGCGGCGGCCGCUAAACCGCCCUACUUCAUUCUCACGGGCGACUCUACCGUCGCUGUAAACGGAGGCUGGGGUGACGGCUUCCUGACCUUCCUCGCCGAUUCUGCAGACGGUGUCAACGGCGGGAAAAGCGGCGCCACGACGGUGUCCUUCCGCGCGAAUGGCAGAUGGGACGCCGUUCUGGACGGUAUCGCGGACCACGCGGCGGACUACGAGCCCAUCGUGACGAUCCAGUUCGGACACAACGAUCAGAAAUCCACCUCGGGCAUCUCGCUGGAGCAGUUUGGCGAGAAUUUGCAGAAUCUGGCGAAUGAGGUGAUUGAAGCGGGGGGGACGCCGAUUAUCAUCACCUCGUUGACUAGGCGCAAUUUCGAGGGCUCUGCGGUCAUCGAGAACCUGGCCGAUCACUCCGCGAAGGCGAUUGAGGCCGCCGAGGCCGUCGGGGUCCAGUAUCUGGAUCUGAACCGCGCCAGCACCGACUACGUCAAUGCCAUCGGCGAGGAGAAUGCGCAUACGUAUGAUCUGAGUAGUGGUGAUGGCACGCAUCUGAAUACUGCCGGAGAGACGGUGUUUGGGCGUCUGGUGGCGGAUUUGCUGUUGGAGAAGCGGGACGAUCUCGAGGAGUUCUUCACGCCGAAUGAGGAAUUGAGUAGGAAGCUCAAGGACGGGGAGUAUGCGGCUGGCGAUGAGUAGAUUCGGUUUACUUAAGAGCCACGAGAAUGUUGUGGGGAUCCUGGAUGUGGUGUGUUUAGUCUCUUGGUCGUGCGAUGAAGUAUGAAUCAGAAUCAUUAUUUACGUUAUUCCGAGAUAUAUCCAAGUUUCCUCAGUAGUUUCUAAUACUCAGAUAAGAUAGUACACCUAGUUCGUAAAUUAAUAUUCACAAACAGCGACAGAGAUAAUACCUACAGAAAGAGCUUUGCCCCUGUCCAGAUAUCCGUAAUCUUGCUAUUCUCGACGUCACCCAGUACCCUCCACCGUAAAGUACCACCAACACCUGUCCAUUUUCUCUGCA